AUGGUCGACAAGGAGCGUCAAGUGCUGCUACUGGACACACUGGAACCCUCGAGUAUCUAUACAAGCGCCCAUUCGAUGACUUCAUAUCUCUCCGUAUCCACUAGCUCGUCUCAAUCUCGUGCUGCAGCUCAAAAGUCAUGCAACAAGACGAAUAAACCGUUGUCAUCCAUUUCGUCCCUCGAGAGCGAACCACCUGACGUGAUUUUUCAUUCCGAUGGAUGUGCAAUUGCUCUUCAUCUGUCAGUUCUCCAACGACGCUGCCCAUGGCUCUAUAAGCAGCUGCUUCAGCUUCGACACUCAUUCGAUGCAUCAAAUGGGUUCAAGUUACUUGACGACGAGGAGCUCCAGCAACUCAAGCACAAUGAGAAGGAUCGUUCAUUUUCAACCUGUCCAUUGCAUGAUCCGCACUCAUUACGGUUGGAUUAUGUAUAUUGCGUGGCUCACACGUGUCGUAGUGGAGAGAUUAGUGAUGACACUACAGCUGGACAAUGUUUCCAGACCAGUCCUGUGCUUCCUUCCAGAAAGAAAAGACUGCGACAAGAAUUCUCUGUGCCGGACAAGAAGCAGAUGUCAAGUGGACAAAACGUCAUACAAAAGUCACGGCGUGUACGGAGUUUAUGCAAUGAGUUGAACCCGACGACACUUGCCAGACGGCAACAAGAACUGGAGCACGACCGAUCCAUGAUGCACGUCGAGAUUAAAGAUACAAACAUUGGAGCUGUCGUGACAGCCGUCGAGUACAUUUACAGACGUAAAGUCAGGAUGAUUGACGAGCACAAUGCAAUGGAAGCGGUCAAAUUGGGACAAAAGCUGGGCAUGCGGUGCUCGAUGCUCUACUAUUGCUUGGUCAUUGCGAUUCGACAUGUUACGACGGCUACGUGGAUCGACAUGCUGCUGAUAGUUUCCACGCUAGAGAAUAAGAAGGAGCGUCAAAUUCUGUGUGACUAUUUACUGGCUUUUAUGAAGUCACUGAAACCUGAACAACACUUGGACGCUUUAAGAAAUAUGCGAUGUGUGCAUCUCAAGAGACUGAAGGAUCAUGAUGUUCUUGUUCGUGCUGUGGUGGGUCUGAUGAAUAUCGUCAGACUGGUGGGAUUUUGGCGAAAUCUACUGGAUGCGUUGAGUCAAUGGUUGAGUAAUCAAUUUCAAUCUGUACAGGUGCCGUCACUACGUGUUAUUCAUCGGCACUUUGCACCAGAAUGGAAACCGUAUUUGGAGCAAAAACCCGUUGAACUUUUUGCGAAAGCUGGUGAAAAAAAGCUUUUCACGCUGCUUCAAUUUGGAAAGUUUCAGCUCCAAGUGCGGAUUGAUAUCACGAACGAAAUGCCUAUUUUGUGGCGAAUCAUUAGAUCUUCGUCACCACAGCUACUAAGCUCUGACCCGGACGACCCUGCAUCUCUUGAGGGCGAACCCCAGUUCAGGAUACAAGGGCAAAUGAAAGUCAAAUAUUGCCGUGCUUACCCAAACCAAGCAAAGGUUUCACAAGAGGUGGUGAUUCAGUAUCACCACUGCUGCAAGCAAUAUAGUCAGUGGUGUGAUCUUGUACCUCCGACUCCUUCAACCUUAGCCCCUGAUGUUACAACUGCCGCACAUCAGUCUGAAUGUAUGGGGAAGGCAAAGUUUCGUGGCAAAUUUUUCAUCUGGGGCGAUCCCGUAUGCAGCAUGUACCACUUUUUGCUCCAAACAACACUCUUCUACUCGGCUCCGGACAACACACCGACAGAAAUCUCGGAUCUGGUUAUCGUUUCCGAGAUGCAGCGAUUGCCGUUAGAGACUCUGGAGCUUGUGUUGCGCAGCGACGGCUUGCGCAUUCCCGAUGGAGAACGGACUUUGCUACGAUGUCUCAACAAAUUGUUUUUUGGCAAAAACUUCAGCUAUCUCGGGAGUUUACAUCAAGAACCCCGCGAGUUCAAUGGCCGUCGGAAAGAUAUCAUUCGUCUGUACAAGUGCGUUCGCUGGUGCUUCAUACCUGUGGAUGACAUCAUUGAUACGCUAAGACAGUCACCUCGAGAGCUGAAAUUCUACGAGUUGAUAGAGAAGGGCCUGCAGGAUACUUUUCGGCGCUUUCUACGUCGAUGUCCAUGGGGAUGGCAUAAGUAUCGUCAUGCUUACAGAAAAAAUGAGACGAGUGUAGUCGAGUUCCGGAUCGAAGCUGGCAAGAAUCAACUUUCGCCCGAAUAUUUUCCUGCAGUUCCGAAAGCCAAAUCGAGAUUACAAGAUUUCUUACUUUUGAGUCCCGACAAUGUCUUCUAUGAUCCACCACGUGUACAAAGUGUACCGUAA